AUGUUCUCCAGUACCGUGGCCCGUCCACUGCAGCUGGUCACUCGGUUCAUGCAAUGGGCCAGUGCAGUCAUCGUGAUGGGUAUCACCUCCUACUUCAUCCACCGAGGACCUCGCGGCCAGCACAUCAUCUACCAGGAAAUUAUUUCAACCAUGUCUGUCGUCUUCUUCCUGCCCGCCUUUGUCUCGCCAUUCCUGCCCAAUGCCUUGAGCAAGUUUGUUCUGGGCGUCGAUGUCGUCUUCUCGUACCUCUGGCUCACGGCAUUCAUCUUCGCUGCGCAAGACUACAACUGGCAUUCUUGCUACUUUGACGCUCCCCCGGGCGCCAGCUGCUCCAAGAAGAGGGCCAAUGAAGCAUUCAUGUUUCUGACAUUCAUCUUCACCUUCUUUGCUAUCUUCCUUGAAGUCGGGGCUCUCUGGGCCUACCGUCGCGAGAGCACACCGGUCCGCGAGAAGAACACCGGUGGAGCCCAUGGCGGUCCAGCCGAUGCCCCGGUGGCCACGGUCUAG